AUGUAUUAUUGUUCCCUUGUACAAAAGACUCUCUCGACGACCGCUUCAUCAUCGCCGAUUGUCGAUCGGCCAUCAAAAAAUCAUCGACAUCGGCUAAAUAAUCAUUCAAUUAUCACUUUGCAUCCAACACAUCGAACUGCAACAACUCGACGACUAACAGCUCUUGACCGUUGCAAACAGAUUCAGACUAAUCCUUCCAAUUCAGCUGCAAUUUUACUCCGUGAACGACUCAUUUUCUCGGUUGAAGACUUAUCAGGUCGACGACCAUUAACACAAGAAGAAGUGGUACGAUCAAAUAUUGCUUUUGGUUGUGUUCCACGUUUAGAUGAAGCAGAAUGCCAACGUUCACUUUGUUACAAUCUCUAUUAUCGUACUAUGGAUGGUACUUGCAACAAUCUAUUCCAACCAUUACGUGGGGCUGCUUUUCGUCCUUAUAACAGAUUGCUAUUGCCAGAAUAUGAUAAUAAACUUUCGGAGCCGGUUGUUAGUCGACUGAUACUUUCAUCUCGAAAAGCAGUACAACAUGAAGAAUACAACGCUUUAUUAAUGCAAUGGGGACAAUAUCUUAGUCAUGAGAUGACAAAGACAACGCUUCAGCCAUCAGCCAAGUGCAAUGUUUGCCAGAAUAUUCGGGGUCGAUGCAUGGCUGUUCCUAUCUUUCCAAGAGAUCCCAAUAAAAAUUUCAAAUCCAAUAGAUGCAUUCGGGUUUCACGUUCUAGUGCUAUAUGCGGUUCCGGAAAACAAAAACCACGGCAACAACUUAAUGAAAAUACAAAUUUUAUUGAUGGUUCACCAAUUUAUGGAUCAAGUGUUGGAGAUUUGCAUAAAUUUCGAGAUGGUCGGACAGGUUUCCUAAAAACAAUCUCCUUCAAUGGAUUUCACUUACUUCCGUUUGAUACAAGUACAUGUCGUAAUGCUGCAUCCUGUUCAGCAAUUUUUGUUGCUGGUGACAGUCGUGUAAACUUAUUCAUAGGCCUUAGCUCUUAUCACAUUAUAUUAACACGAGAACAUAAUCGAUUAGUAAGGGAAUUGCAAAAAUUGAAUCGGCACUGGAACGGUGAUCGAUUAUUUAUGGAAGCGAGAAAAAUUGUUGGCGCAGAAGUUCAAGCUAUCACUUAUAGAGAAUUUUUACCAAUAAUUUUGGGAAAUGCAUUUGCUACAGCAAUUGGUAAAUAUCGCGGAUAUAAUGCAAGUGUUGAUCCGACUUUAGUUACUGAAUUUAAUUCGGCAGCAUUUCGAUUUGGUCAUGGAAUGAUACAAGAAAUUUAUCUCCGUCUUGAUGAACAUUUCCAUAAUACUUCGUUAGGAAGUUUUCCAUUCGUUGGAGGAACACAACAUACUGAUCGCUUGAUAUUUGGUGGUGGCAUUGAUCCAAUACUACGUGGUAUGAUGAUGUUACCGGUGAAACGACCACAACGGCUUACGAAAUCGAUAACAGAAAACAUGUUCGGUAAUACAGACUUAGGUACUAUAAAUAUACAACGUGGUCGUGAUCAUGGCUUACCAUCGUAUACACAAUUUCGACAAUUUUGUGGUCUUUCACAUGCUACCACUUUUGAUGAUCUUUCACAUGAAAUUAUGAAUCCUCGAAUACGAGCAAAACUAAAGAAACUUUACGGUAGACCAGACAACAUAGAUUUGUUUGUGGGUGGCUUAGUGGAAGAUCCUGUUCACAAAGGUUUUGUUGGACCAACUUUUGCAUGCAUAAUUGGACCGCAGUUUCAGAGGACACGAGAUGGUGACCGAUUCUACUACGAAAAUCCAGGUAUCUUUACACAAGCUCAGUUGACUGAGAUUCGUAAAAGUAGCUUUUCUCGUUUGCUGUGCGAUAAUGGUGAUAAUAUCAAUAAAGUACCACAAGAAGCAUUCCGUAUCGGUCAAAUGAUAUCAUGCGCUCAAAUACCGAAAAUAGACAUAACAAAAUGGAAAGAAUAA